AUGGCUACCCAUGAGAAUUGUGUUAGUGUAGUAUUUGAUUUAGGCUCGCAAAAUACAAAGGCUGGAUUUGCUGGUGAAUCUUUUCCAAGAUGUAUGAUACCAACAACACUUGGACGAUUUCGCCGAAGUGGUCUAUCGGAUGGUUUUCCAGAUGUUACUCUUGGGGAAGAAGCCAUAAAGAUGCGCGGUGUAAACCACCUCGAUUGGCCUGUCGAUAAAGGUUUUAUCAAAGACUGGGAUGACGUGGAAAAACUUUGGCAUCAUAUUUUUUACAGAAAGCUUCAUGUGCCUCCAGAAGAGGCAAGAGUUAUGUACGUUAUUCAUCCAUUGACUUCGAAAAGAGACAAAGAGAAAAUAACAGAAAUCAUGUUUGAAUCUUUUAUGGUUCGAAACAUUUAUUUGGGCCUAUCUCCAGCUUUGGUUUUGCACGCCAGUGGAAGGACCUCUGGGGUCGUCUGGGAAAAUGGAUAUUCUUGCUCUUAUGUAGCACCGGUUUUUGAAGGGUUUCCAAUAAAAAACGCCACAAUUACUUCCCAAAUAAAUGGGAAGACUUUGACGGAAUGCCUUCAAAAUUUAAUGAAUAAAGUCGGAUACUCUUUCACUACUCCGACGGAGAUAGAAUUGUUGGAGAGCAUAAAGGCACAAUUAUGUUACGUGGCAAGGGAAUAUGACGAAGAAGUAGUCUCCGAGAAUAACAAAAUAAAAUUUGAUCUUCCUGAUGGUCAACAUGUAUUGAUAGGAGAAGAGCGAUUCAAAUGUCCAGAACUUCUAUUUCAACCUCAUUUAUUAAAAUUGCAAUGCCCUAGUAUAGUUGACGAUAUUUGCACCAGUAUCAAAAAAUGCGAUUUGGAGUAUAAGUCUCUAUUUUAUAAUAAUAUAGUAUUGUCUGGUGGGUCUAGUUUACUAAAAGGUUUAUCAGAUCGUUUGACUAUAGAAUUAAAUAAACAAGUUAAGGACCUGCCAGAUGUGGAAACUAAUGUCGAUGCAAUGUCAUCAAGGCAUUUAGCUGCUUGGGCGGGGGGGUCUAUUUUGGCAUCAAUGGAUUCAUUAAAUGGAUUCUGGAUGACAAAAGACGAGUAUGAAGACGAUGGUGCUGAUCGAGUUCACUGUAAAUUCUUUUAA